GGCGGCACUCCCAACAUGGCGGCGGCCGGGGCUGUGGCGCGCGGUCCCGGAGCUGAAGCGCGGCGGCCGCCCUCCCUUCGGGCCGCGCGGCUGCUCCUGCUGCUGGCGGCGGUGGCGGCGGUGGGGCCCCGGGAGGGCGGCGCGGCGCGGCUGUACCGCGUGGGCGAGGACGCCGUGUGGUUGCUGGACAGCGGCAGCGUGCGCUCGGCCACGGGCAACAGCUCGGCCGCGUGGCUGGUGCAGUUCCAUUCGUCGUGGUGCGGCCACUGCAUCGGCUAUGCGCCCACCUGGCGAGCGCUGGCGGCGGACGUGCGAGACUGGGCUGCCGCCAUCCGUGUCGCUGCUCUGGACUGUGCAGAAGAAAAGAACCAGGACGUGUGCCGCACGUACGACAUCCACUUCUACCCUACCUUCAGGUAUUUUAGAGCAUUUACAAAGGAGUUUACAACUGGAGAAAAUUUUAAAGGACCUGACAGGGAGCUGCGGACAGUCAGGCAGACAAUGAUCGACUUCCUGCAGAACCACACAGAGAGCACUCGACCUCCUGCGUGCCCGCCCCUGGACCCUAUUCAGCCCAGUGACAUCCUUUCCCUCAUGGACAGCCACAGUGGCCAAUACCACGCUGUUCUGUUUGAAAGCAAUGGUUCUUACAUUGGACGAGAGGUAAUCUUAGAUUUGAUUCCAUAUGACAACAUCGUGGUGAGCCGAGCACUGGAUAGGGACAAAGCAUUUCUGGGGACACUUGGCAUUUCUUCAGUUCCUUCCUGUUACUUGAUUUACCCAAAUGGGUCUCAUGGACUGGUUAAUGUAGCAAAGCCUCUGCGAUCGUUUUUCUCCUCUUAUUUAAAAUCCUUGCCGGAUGUGAGGAAAAAGUCACUUUCCUUGCCUGAAAAGCCCAACAAAGAGGAAAAUGCAGAGGUUAUGGUUUGGAAAGAAUUUGACAGGGCCAAGCUGUACACCGCAGACCUGGAGUCGGGACUUCACUACCUGCUGAGGGUAGAGCUGGCUGCCCACAGGUCCCUGGCUGGAGCUCAGCUAAAGACAUUCAAGGACUUCAUGACUGUCAUCGCCAAGCUGUUCCCCGGCCGGCCACCAGUCAAGAAGCUUUUGGAGACAGUCCAGGAGUGGCUGGCCAACCUCCCCCUGGACAAGAUUCCGUACAAUGCCAUCCUAGACCUAGUCAACAACAAAAUGCGGAUUUCUGGACUCUUUCUUACCAGCCACAUAGAAUGGGUGGGAUGUCAAGGAAGCCGAUUGGAGUUGAGGGGCUACCCAUGCUCCCUGUGGAAACUGUUUCACACUUUGACGGUUCAGGCCUCCACCCAUCCAGAAGCACUGGUUGGCACAGGUUUUGAAGAUGACCCGCAGGCUGUGUUACAGACCAUAAGGAGAUACAUUCACACAUUCUUUGGGUGCAAAGAAUGUGGUGAACAUUUUGAGGAAAUGGCUAAGGAGUCCAUGAAUUCUGUGAAGACCCCAGACCAAGCUGUUCUCUGGCUUUGGAGGAAGCACAACAUGGUGAACAGCCGCCUAGCAGGCCAUCUGAGCGAGGAUCCCAAGUUUCCAAAGCUUCCAUGGCCCACUCCAGAACUCUGCCCAGCCUGCCAUGAGGAAAUUAAAGGCCUGGACAGCUGGAAUGAGGACCAGGUGCUUGUGUUCCUGAAGCGGCACUACAGCAGAGACAACCUGGUGGAUACAUACUCUGUGGACCAAGGCAGUCUUGAUGGCUGGGGAGCCCGGGGCAGGGAACAGGAAGAGGGGGAAGGUCUUAACCCCUCAGGGAAGUCCUGGGGACAUCAGGAUGCUGAGAGUCUUCGUCCACCCCACAUGCUGGGCCCCAGAACUGACCUUUCUAAGAGCCUGCACCACAGACUGGACCUAAGACUCCAGAGCCCCCGGGGGCAGCAGGCACUGGAAGAGGCCAAGGCAGCUGUGCCCUUCCUGGGGGUUGGCUUCUCCAGUCUGGACAUGAGCCUCUGCGUGGUGCUCUAUGUGGCCUCCUCCUUGUUCCUGAUGAUCAUGUACUUCUUCUUCCGAGUGAGGUCCAAGCGAUGGAAAGUCCGGCUCUACCACCCAGCUGUGUAGAGCACCGGGACAGCCAUGGCAACACAGAGGAAGCCUUUGAAAUCACCCGCACACCUGCAGCUCCAAUGUUGGGAUCAGGGAUUUGGAAAUGUGCCCAGCAUGGUGUCUGGAGGAGCAUGUUUUGUUUUAUUUUGUUUUGUUUUUACUGGAACAUUUUGCAUUGCUGGUACCUUGUUCUCACCUUCCCAGCCUCCAUGUUGGACUUGUGUGCAUUUGCCCUGUAGGCCGGAAGGAGGCAGGUCCAUGUUGCUGCUCCCUCACGAGGCCUCACAUCUACAUUUGCCCUCCCUUUAACCCCUAACCCCUGCUCCCUGGGGGCAGUGUCCAGUGAUGAGCAGCCAAAGCACAGAGGCCUCUCCAGACAUCACUCACCCUGCCACAGAUGUGUACUGUGUAGCUGUUCAUACAUGAGCCUCGGGCGCUUUCAUGGGAGCUCGGUGCUCUGAGGUUUAGCAGGGAGGUCUGGUCACCCGUGGGGUUCAGCGCCUAGAGGCCACUGAGUUGAGUUGUAGCUUCUCUGUGUCUUAAGGAAUAACCCGAGGUGGGCUUUAGUGGCUCAAAAGAGGAAGGGUGGUGACCGUAGAUAAGAGGGCUACCCUGAUCAGGCUGUAGUCCAGCCUGGGCCCUGUGGUGGGGUUCCACCCUACAGUACAGUGGUGGGCACUGCUCUGUUGGCAGAGCGCAGUCUCUGGGGACCUCUAGAGCCCCUGUCCUGUCUCAGGUGCAUGGCAGAAGGCACUGGUGGGGCACAGGAUGCUGGGCACGUGCAAUGGCCCCUGCACACUAGGCUUCCCAGCCUUCGGGGGGUGACUUUAAAAACAAACAAACAAAAAUUUAACAGUUUAAAUACAUUAUUUGUAAUAUCCCAAACACUGAAUGGUAAACUUGUGCCUGAAGACUUUUUAAAAAAAAAAAAAUGGACUAAGUCUACAUUUAUGGAAACAUUCCUACUGAGACCUGUCAUGGCUCAGGAGCUUCUUUUUAUUUGGAUAAAGCAAGCUAGUGUGUGUGUGUGUGUGUGUGUGUGUGUGUGUGUGUGUGUGUGUGUGUUAAAUGUGUGUACCUCUGUGUACUCACAUGGGUAUGACUUGGUUAAAUAUACAUUCACUUUGCAUAAUCUAUAUUUUAUAUUUGCGUCCUUCCCAAUGACAGCUGAUCACAUGAGUAUCAUUUAAGACCCUGGAUUACCAAUGUUCCUGCUGCCACUUAAAAAAAUGGACAUCGGUCUCCUUGGGCUGUUGUAACCCUCCUUCCAUCACAUGGGAGGAUCGGUUCUGAGAGCCAGGCUUUCCUGCUGGGGCCGGCAUAGCCUGGGCCCUGCCACUUGAAUCUCUUGCUUCGCUCGCCUGUGGCAGGAGGUUUCUUCUUAGAAACCUGGAAUCCUGUGCUUUUUAAAAACAAACAAGAAAAGAGCUUGUCCUUAUUGCUGGCUGUGUGUCUAGGUCAUUGAGACACCAUUGGCCUGUCAGCUUGAAAAUGAGGCCUAUUUAAGCACAGCUCCAAAGAGAAAUGCUUUGAGCCCACAGCAGAACUGCCUCUGGGGAGCGCUGCUGAAGGGGACUUAGGUAACUGUGACCCCGGGGCUGCCGCAGUACCCCACAAGGCCUGACAUGCUGAAGUCUGCAGAAGCCCACAGAGGGCAGAGCCUGCUUUCAGCUGCUCUUGUGGAGUCCCAGGUCAUCCCUUCUGGGGGACAAGCUUGCCACAUACAUCCCUGUUUGGACUGUCCAUUCUGCAGUGAGAAGGCUUGCAUUCUCCCUCCAGGGCCCCGCUCAGCCCUGAGACGUACCUUUAGGCCAAGUGUAAGGUCUGUUCUUCUAAAGUCUGAAGUAUUAUGAGAUAUAUUGCAAUUAAUAGGUAUAAUAAUUCAGUAAUUUAAGUGUUUAUUUAUUUUUAAUGCAAAGAUUUUGAUUAAAAAGCCAAUUGGCAUGAAAAUGUCAAUGAAAUUUCUUACCUGCAAAGAAAGGGUACAUUUUGUAUUUCAGUAAAUUCUACUGUGCACAUUUUAAGAAUAAAGAAAUUUGACAUUUAGUAAA